AUGGAUGAAGAAGAAGAAGAAGAGGAAGGUGUUGAUGGUGAUGAUGACGAAGUUGAAUCCUCAUCUCAAAAUGAAGAGGACAUUGAAGAUAUGGAUGACAACUCGAGUUAUGGCUAUCUUUCUAAUGAAUUGAUCGAUAUCGAAGCUAAAAGUACCGAAAAUGAAUCCACAAACGAUGAAAACGAUGAAAAUGAUGAAAAUGGUCAAAUGCAAAUCGAAGAAGUUGAUGUGGAUGAUUCUGAUUCUCCUGAUAUUGAUAUGGAUAUUGAUAAUGGAACAGAAGAAGACGAGGAAGAUGAAGACGAGGAAGAAGAAGAAGAAGAAGAUGAUGAUGAUAAUGAUGAUGAUGAGGAAGAAGAAGAAGAAGAAGAAGAAGAAGAAGAGGAAGAUGAUGAUAAGGAAGAAGCCAUUGAAAUAUCAUCGAAUGAUGCUAGUUCGAACGAAUCUUAUCCAAAUCUUGAUGAAGUGAUGGAAAAGAACGAUUCCGACAAUGCGUCUAUUGAAGAUUUAACGAUCGAAAAGAAUGACGAAAAUGAAAAUGAAAAUGAUAAUGAUAUUCAUAACGAAGAAGAAGAAGAAGAAGAAGAAGAAGGAGAAGAAACAAACGACAUAGAUCCGAUUGAAGUAGGUGUAAAGGAUAUCGAACACGAUGAAAACGAGCCACACAACGAUCCAGCACAGAAUGACGAAUCGCCUCUCGCAAAGGAAUCUCAUUCUCGCUCUGUGGAGCCCACUGGAAUCUCGUCAAACGAUGGACUGGAGGAUGAACCCGAAGAAGACGCAGUACUGGACCACUGCUCCAAGGAAUCAAUCAAUGGCGAUGCCAUGGAAGAGGAGUUCGCUCAGAAACAACCAUUGAUCGAAGAUCUGGAGUCAGCCUCGCCAGCGGACGCAGCAAGGCCGUCCUCUCCUUCUCUCUCUUCGGAAGAGCCAAUCGCGGCCUUCCCUUCCACCAAUCCACCGGACGAAGAUCCGUUCGCUCCUCUAGAUUAUGAUGACUCGGCCCCUCCGCAGGUUCACACUUCACAGCCUUCUCUCCCAGAAAACGAUCCGCCAGUCCUCGAAGUGGAGUCAGCGAGCGUGCAGGUAAGUGCCCAGGUAAGUGGUUCGUCGCAAGAACAAGAGGCAACACAAGUCGACAGUCAGGUAGAAGACGCACAGAGAGAUUCGUCUGUGCCUUUGAUUCCUCAGGGAGACGCACAGGACGACGAAUCAUCACACAAACGAUCUUUAGAAUCUUCUUUUGAGACCAUGAAACGAGUUCGAACCGCGGCAAGUUCUGGGCCCGAUAAAGUCGAGUUGAGGGCGAAGGGUGAUGCGUAG